UUCCUCCCGGCAUCCCUCACUACGGGAAGGAGCCGAGCGGGCUCGAGGCCGACGCGACCCGCCUUCGUCGCCGCCGCUGCCGCUGCCGCCACCGUCACCGCCUGAGAAGCCGUCGCGGCUGUCCCUGCCGCUCCCGCCGGCUGCCAUGUCCGCCCAGGCGCAGAUGCGGGCCCUGCUGGACCAGCUCAUGGGCACUGCCCGGGACGGUUCAGUGUAUCUUUGCCUGCCUACAUCAAUCUGCAAGGGAGUUGCAGAAAAGCCUCAUGUUCAUCGAGCCGUGAGUCACAACCAAUUUCUAAGCUGUUAUAACAAAAAAGUGUUUGCUUUUUUUUCCACAAAUAACUUUAAAAGUGUAGUUUAGAAAGAAAACAUUUUCAGUAAAAAGACACUACAUUAAUCCUGGAUGCUUGCAAAUCCUAAAAUAUAUUCCUCCUCUAGUAUUACACAGCUCUGUGUCAUAUACACAGAUUAGCUUUAAAAUUUGUCACAUUCCACUUUGCCUUUAUUUUUAUGUAUCAUUCCCCUGACUUCCUUACUGCAGGUUGGGCAAGAAAACUUUUCCUUUAAAACUUUUCAACAGCGGGCAUAAAAUUCUGCAGCUGAGGUCUUGAAGAAUGCAGAUGGGUACAGUAUGUGUUGGAACUCACAGUGUGUAUUGACUAACCUAGUUCUUUUUUGCGCCCCCCCCACCUUUUUUCUGAUACUGUCUUGUUAAAAGUGACUCCCAGGUGCCAACCCUCUUUCUUAAGGGCGGGGGUGAAAGGGGGUUAGGUAGACUAGGUCUAGAUUAUUUCUCAGUCAGUAGUAGAAAAAGCUUUCUUCAAGUAAUUUUUGGCGAAAUACUGACUAUGCAUUUGUCCAUAGCGAAACAGUUAGGUUGAUAAGUAGCUUUUGUUGGUGGAAACUACCAGCUAUAAGUCAUAUGUGGUGAUUCAUGGCCCUCUGAUUAGCAUGGGUUUUGGUAUGUCAUUGCCCACAUGUAUGUGGGGGGUUAACGGCCUUUUGGUGCUCAGCAUUUUACUUCUGACUCCUUGACUUCUUUGGCACAAUGAUGGAGUCAGAUCUCAUUAAGUGUGAUUCUUCAUAAUAUAUUUAGCAUCAGAAAUCAUCUGUAUUUCGUUCCAGUUGUAAAUAUCUUUAGAUCAGCUUUUCAGUGUAUUUGGUAGUCUGGAAAUCAUCCAGGUGAAUUGUACCAGGUAUGCUUUUGUGGUUAAUGUGAUAAUAUUGUCUUAUUUAAAACCACAAAUGAAUUUCAGGAGACGAAACCAGACAGAGGGUCAAGUUUACAGAUGACCGUGUCUGCAAGAGUCACCUUCUGGACUGCUGCCCCCAUGACAUCCUGGCUGGGACGCGCAUGGAUUUAGGAGAAUGUACCAAAAUCCACGACUUGGCCCUCCGAGCAGAUUAUGAGAUUGCAAGUAAAGAAAGAGACCUGUUUUUUGAAUUGGAUGCGAUGGAUCACUUGGAGUCCUUUAUCGCUGAGUGUGAUCGGAGAACUGAGCUUGCCAAGAAGCGGCUGGCAGAGACGCAGGAGGAAAUCAGUGCAGAAGUUUCUGCAAAGGCGGAAAAAGUACAUGAGUUGAACGAAGAAAUAGGAAAACUUCUUGCUAAAGCUGAGCAGCUGGGAGCAGAAGGAAAUGUGGAUGAAUCCCAAAAGAUUCUUAUGGAAGUGGAGAAAGUCCGUGCAAAGAAAAAAGAGGCUGAGGAAGAAUACAGAAAUUCCAUGCCUGCAUCCAGUUUUCAACAGCAGAAGCUGCGUGUCUGUGAGGUCUGUUCAGCCUACCUUGGUCUCCAUGACAAUGACCGUCGUCUUGCAGACCACUUCGGGGGCAAGUUACACUUAGGGUUCAUUCAGAUCCGUGAGAAGCUUGACCAAUUGAGGAAAACUGUGGCUGAAAAGCAAGAGAAGAGAAAUCAGGAUCGACUGAGGAGGAGAGAGGAAAGGGAGCGGGAGGAGCGGCUGAGCAGGAGGUCUGGAUCAAGAACCAGAGAUCGCAGGAGGUCGCGUUCCCGGGACCGGCGUCGGAGGCGGUCAAGAUCUACCUCCAGAGAGCGGCGAAAGUCUUCCCGGUCCCGGUCCCGAGACAGACACCGGCGCCACCGAAGCCGCUCCCGAAGCCACAGCCGGGGCCACCGCCGGGCAUCCAGGGACCGGAGUUCAAAAUACAAGUAACUACUCUGACUCCUUCAGUAGCUGCAACCAGGAGUUCUCCAGAGAGCGGGCCUCGAGGGAGGAGUCCUGGGAGCGCGGGCGGAAUGAGCGGGGGACCACCGACUGGAGGCUGGAGAGUGCCAACGGGAAGGCCGCUUCUCGGAGGUCGGAGGAAAAGGAGGCCGGCGAGAUCUGAACCUACCCCAAGGAGCUGUAAAUAGUCCAAUGAACGUCUGACACAGCCUAACGUUACCUUUAUAUUUGCUGAAUACAACUCAUCUUUUGUAGUUUAACAUUUCUAUUGUUUUGGAGCUAGCUGUGAAUUCCUAGAGAUGUACAGAGUUGCCCAUGUGUUCUGGGAUAUGUUGAGUGGGAAUAAACAACCUGACAGACUGCCUCCUGA